AUGACUGAGGCAUGGGGCACCUCAGCCGCUGAGGCUCAGCGAAUUGAGAUCACGGAAAAGGCCAAGAUUGAUGAAGAUACUGGCUUUACUCCUCAUUCUUUGGUCUUUGGUUAUGAUGCUUGCUUCCCUCUGGAUCUGGCUCUGCUGACCCCACAGUCCGAGUUAAGCAAUCGUUUGGGUAGAAGCGAGCUCUCCUCUGAUGCCGUUAAGGAGAUACUGCAGUCGUUUGCUGAAAGACGACGUAAGAUCCAUGAGUUAUGGGCAGAAGCUUGGGAAAGGAACCGUGCUGCUCAUGCCAAGAAGCUUCAACAGCCAGCUGUUCCAUAA